UCUCGCAGAUUUCACUGCAAACUUUGAAGAUGGACACUACAACAUUUGAUUAUGAAGAGAGUAAUUACAGCGACGACCCAGUGGGCCUGAUCACGCCGUGUCGCAGGGACGAGGACAACAGUCUGGGAGCGAACCUCUCCGUCCUUUACUACUUCAUAUUUCUCUUCAGUCUCUUUGGAAACGGGCUGGUUCUGGUCAUUAUCCAUCGGUUUGAGAAGCUGACGACUGUGACCAACAUCCUGCUGCUGAACCUGGUCUUCUCCUCCCUGAUCUUCAUGAGCAGCCUUCCCUUCAUGGCAGCGUACAUGCAGCUCUCCACCUGGAUCUUCGGAAAGGUCAUGUGUAAGAUGGUGGGCAGCGUCUACUACCUGGGCUUCUACAGCUCCGUGCUCUUCCUCACCCUUUUGACCUUUGACCGACACCUGGCUGUGGUGUACUCGUUGGACGCGGCGCGGGUGAGGAACAGAGGAUAUGCAGUCACCUCCUGUGCUGUGGUGUGGCUCAUCAGCAGCCUGGCGUGCAUCAAACCCAUGAUUCUCCACAACACUUAUUUUUAUUCUAUUGACAACAAAACCUACUGUGACGAGUAUCCGGGCGAUUUGCCGAAUAUUAACGUGCACCACCUGAGGACGUGCGGCUUUUACAUUCAGCUGUUCCUCUUCUUGAUCUUCCCUCUGGCCGUCAUCGUCUACUGUUACGUUAGGAUUGCGGUCACAGUGCUGUCGUCCAGGAUCGUUACCAAGUUCAAGACCGUCAGGCUGAUUUUGGUCAUCGUCAUUUUGUUUUUCCUGUGCUGGACUCCGUUCAACAUCGUCCUGCUGAUGGACGACAAAUCCUGUGAGGAAGCGCAGAGGCGGGGCUACGCGCUUCACAUCACCCGUAACUUUGCCUACAUUUACUUCUGUUUCAGUCCCAUCUUCUACACAUUUGUGGGGAAAAAGUUCCAGAACUACUUCAGACAGAUGCUGGUGAAGCGUUUCCCGGGGUUAAAGCUUCACAUCGCUGUCACUCAAAACAGCAGAAACAACGGGUCAUCAAAGAGUUCACCAAAUGACCUCUAGGAACGGGACGCACUGAGACAGUCGGACAGGAAAGACUCCACUCAGGUCUGUUUCAUGUGAACAUAUCAUUUCUAACAGCAUCUGUAGUGAAGGACACAGU